GCAUUUUGGGGAGGAGAGUGAUGCGGCGACAAGUACUAGUCCAAAGGAGACUCAAACAGGAGAGGCGUCGAAGCUGCAGGUCCCUAAAGGGGCAAAUUCGCAUCAAUGGAGGAGCCUCUAACUCGAGAGCUUUACCCGCUAAAUCUGUUACCUCUGAAAUUGAUUUCCCCUCAAGCUGGCUGGUUAAGGGAAGUGACAAACAUGGUGAAGGUAACUCUUUCUCUACUCAAAAAGCUAGUGGCUGGUUGGGACCAACCACCGGUUCACAAUGAAAAUCUUAUGGUGGAACUACCAGGGUCAUGGGGUUCCCCUGACAGUCAAGAACUUGAAGGAUGAAUGUACCUGUAAUACACCCCAAGUGGUUUUUCUUAUGGAAACCAAACAAAAAAGCAUUGUAGUUCGGAAGGCAAGAAGGAAAUGUGGUUAUACUGAAGAAUGGAUUGUUGAUCCUAUUGGUAUUGGUGGUGGUUUAGCUCUCUGGUGGUCGGAUGAUAUUACUAUGAAUAUCUUAUUCUCUUCUUGUCAUAUUAUUCAUACAAGUGUAACAGCCACUGUGUGACUCCCCUGCAUAUACUACGUUUAUUUAUGGGCCGCAGAAUGAAGGGGAUAGAAGACUUUGUUAUGAAGAGUUGAGGCACAUUGCUGGACAUAUUUCUCAUUCUUGGUUAUGAGUAGGCAACUAUAAGGAUAUGUAGUUCCAAGCUGAGGAAAUUGGAGAAAGGCCUAGAGCACUGAGGAAAAUCAUGAAUUUUUUUUAAUUUCAUUAAUCCUUGUUCAUUAAUGGACCUGGGUUUUAAUGGGUAUAGGUUUACGCGGUGUAAUAACAGGCUGAAUGAGGGACUUAUCAGAGAACGAGUGGGCAGCUUAGAGAGGAAUUUCCUAAAUUACAAGUGUUUCACAUUGAUCCUAUGGGGUCGAACCAUCGUUUUCUCUUAACUAAUUGUUGUUACAGAUUUUCCAAUUGAGACAAGGUUUUCAAAUUCGAGACCUCCUAGACCAUGCAUACAGAUUAUAAUAAAAUUAUUCAACGAGGGUGGCUAGCUGAUUCUCUACAUGCCAACUCCAAUCUUGACAUUUUUCUAAUGAAGUUGAAAGUUUGCGAACAUGAACUUACCAAGUGGAGCCGUGAGGAGUUCCAUAAUAGCAGAAAACUUGUUGAAAGAUUAAAAGCACAACUUGCUCUCUAUACGUAAGGGGAUCUAACAGCGAAUUCUAUUUUGGAGGUAAGCGGGUUGAGUAAGAGAUUGAGAAUGUGCUUGAGAAGGAAGAGCAAUAUUGGUGGCUACGCUCUUGAGUGAAUUAGUUGUUGGUGGGUGACUGGAAUUCUAAGUUUUUCCAUACGAUAACAUUGAGAAGAAGGCAAUAUAAUAGUAUUCUCCAAGUCAUAGCUGAUACUGGAACUUGGUUAUCUGAUAAGGUGGAGAUUUCGAGUAACAUUACUUCUUACUUCCAAAAUCUGUUCUCAACAUAUGGAGUGAGACCAAUGGAGGAGGCCCUUAGCUUUGUGGAUGUCAAAUUGAUGAGGUAUGAAUGCUCGGCUACGUGCACCAGUAACGAGAGAAGAAAUAAAACAAGCUGAAUUCAGUCAGGGAAGCUCUAGGACACCUGGUCCGGAUGGUUUCUUAGGUGAAAAAGUGGCCUCCAUUAUGCCAGGCAAGGUUCUCAGGCAGGGUGACCCGUUAUCCUCCCCGUACUUGUUCAUAUCAGUUGCGGAGGAAUUGUCUAGCAUGGUCAUUAAGAGUCAUAGGUCAUGGCAUCUCAAAGGAAUCAAACUCAGCCACUCUUGCCAUGUACUUACUCAUAGCUUCUUUGAUGAUGAUAUUCGAUUUUUCAUGAAUGCAAAGGAUACAGACUGUGCUGCUCUUGCCCAUAUUCUGAAUAUCUAUUGCACUGCCUCUAGUCAAACAUUGAAUUUGGAUAAAUCAAGGAUUUCCUUUACAACAAAUACGCCCACUGAGGUCAAACUAAGAGUGUGUCAGACCUUGGCAUUGGGGAGUUGGAGGACCCGGGGAAAUAUCUUGGUAUUCCAAGUAUCUGGGGGAAGACUAAACAUCAAGCCUUGGGAUACAUUAAAGAAAAAGUGAGGUGCAAAAUUCAAGGCUGGAGUAGGGCAACUCUCUCUUAUGAAGGUAAAGUUAUGAUUAAAUCUGUGCUCAGUGCUAUGCCUAUAUACCCGAUGAAUUGUCUCAGGUUUCCCCUUAAGACUUGUAAAGAACUUAGGCCUCAUUUGGUAUGAUAGAAGAGUUUUUGAUGAAAUUGGAAUCGGAAUUGGAAUUGGAAUAGAAUUGAAUUUUAAAAGUGUGUUUGGUAUAAAGAUGGAAUCCUGAUUUAAUUUUAAUACAUAUAUGUAUUUAAAAUAUGAAAAGACUAAAAUAUCCUUUUAAAAAAAUCAUCUCUCUCAUGUUCGUCUCUCCCCUUGGCCAUUGUCACUGUACGAAGAUCUCUGUAACUUUCAGAAAUAUGGGUUGAACCAGAAAAAAUUUGGAGCAUAUUCAUAACCCACAAAAUCCCCACGAGAGCACUGUCGAACUUGAUUCCAUGGCUGGGCGACCUCCAUGCUAUCAUCCCACCAGGUUUACCUUUUAUAUUUUUUGUUUUUGUAAAUCACAUGUCCUUUAGCUGGUUCAUCACGGCAACAAAAGCGGCAAUGAUGAUUGGAGUUUAACAAUGAAGUUGAAGGUAGGUAGGUGGAGGUGGUUGGAGGUGAAGCAAAUGAUGAUGGAUGAGGGUGGAGGAGACAGAGAGUGAUGAGGGUAGAAGUGGCUUUAAAGUUUAAUUCCAGAGAAUCGAACGGAUUCCAUGGAGCCUGAGAUGGAAUUGGAUUCUGCAUUUUUUGCUGGAAUUGGGAUUCCAAUGAAUCCAAAAUCUAUAAUACCAAACAAACUUACAUCAAGAAUCCAUUUAUGAUUCCAUUUCCAAACUUAGAAUUCCAUCGUACCAAACAGGGCCUUAAUAGUCUGAUUUCUGAUUCCUGGUGGGAUGGUGAGGUGGCCAAAGGAGGAAUCUAUUGGAGAGCUUGGGACCUUCUAACAGAUUCUAAAGUGACUGGUGGAAUGGGCUUCAAGGAUUUUGUGAAAAUGAAUGAUGCAUGGUUAGCGAAAACAGCUUGGAGAUUAAGGCAGAAGCUGAAUGAGCUGUGGACAAGAGUUUUUAAAAUCAUAUACUUUCCCAAAGGUGAACUCACUGAUGCUGAAAAGGGAUUUAAGGCAUCUGUGUUGGUCUAGCAUCCUGGAUGUUUGUGAUUGCUUGAAGAAAAAUUUACUCUGGGAUAUUGGCGAUGGCACAUUGAUUCGAAUAUGGGGUGACAAUUGGAUCCCAAGUGUUAAUUUUCCUACGAAACCUGUCAAUGAUCAGUCCUUUAUUGUACAGCAUGGCAAGGUCUGUGACCUCAUUGUUGAUGGCAGAUGGGAUAUUGCCCCAGUUCAUGACUUGCUUCCUCAGAAUAUUUUGGAUGCUAUUGUUAAUAUUCCUUUACAUAACAAUGAUCUGGAGGAUGAACUCAUGUGGACAGCUGCUAACAAUGGUGUUUAUCAAGUGAAACUUGGUUAUAGAAUGGAGAAAAAUCAUCAUGCUAAACCAAGUAUCAAAGCCAGUCCUUCCUGGAGAAUUUCUUCAGAUAUUUGGAAAGGCAUUUGGAAGAUUGGAUGUGCACCUCGGGUAAAACAUUUCAUUUGGAGAAUCUUAUCCAAGUCGAUAGCAACCCACGAGGCUCUCUAUGCAAGAAGGAGAUCGAGGAAUCCACUGUGCCCAAUCUGUGGAGUUGAGAUGCGCUCUGCUGGGUGAUACUUGUGGUGUGAUAGAAGAAAAGGGUGGUUGGAAACCGCUCCUUGCUGGCGUUCACAAAAUUAAUGUCGAUGGUUCUUAUUCUGCAAAUUCUGAUUAUGCUGCAAUUGGUGUCAUCUGCCGUGAUUCUACAGGUUCCUUUCAAUGGGGCUUUGUGGAUAAAUUGAAAUCACUAUCAGCAUUUAUGACUGAAGCUCUUGGUCUGAAACGCGCUCUGAUGCUUGUCAUUCAUCAUGGCCAUGACAAGGUGCUUUUUGAAACGGAUUGCAAACUACUGUUUAAUUGUGUCUCCCUUAAUCAACCAGAGUUAUAUGAUUGGAAAAGUAGAAGUGUUGUCCAUAAUUGCAUUGUAACUCUAUCAUCUCAGGUUGGGUUCUCUCUUUUAUUUACUCCUAGACAGGGUAACGGAGCGGCUGACUUUCUAGCGGUUGUUGCUUUUAAGGAAGUGUACCCGAUAAGGUGGUUGUUUGAACCAACACUUCUUUUUCCUCUAUUCUAAACCCAGAUGCAAACAAAAGCUCUGAAGACAUCCUCCUUUACUGUCACCAAUGAUGUACCUGUUGGUGGUUUAAGUCUUUUUCUACUGUUCGGAAUUUGCGUUCUCGUAUUUCUGGUUUUUCUUGCUUUUUGCUCUUUUGUAAUGCUUCUGGACCUUUAUUCUCAUUAAUGAAAGCUGCCCUAUCUUUGAUAUA